CGCGAAGUGCGUGGGUUUUUCCUAGGAGAGGGCGCCCUAGGCCGGAAAAGCGCGUGGGAACCUUUUCCUCCCUCUCUCUUAGGUAAAGGUUGUUGAGGGGACGCCUUUUGGUGGAGCGCCAAGAUGGCGGCCAGUCUUCUCAUCGGCUCUAGCAGGGUGUCUGCGCUCAAGAAUUUACCACUGCAAGCAUGGCGACUUAGAAGUCUGCCUUCUGUUUCUCUUGGCACCAAACCAGGGAACACUAAAAAAGGCUCCAAACAAAAUAAAGGUGAGAUCAUAAGUAACAGUAAACCUGAUUCAGCUGUACAAUUAGCAGAUGAAGAUCUGAGGAAAUUCUUUGCAAGGAAAACUCUGGUAGCAUUUCCUCAGAGAGCAAAGUUUCCUUCUCCUGGGGCAGAACCUGCUUUCUCCUCAGCUGAAGGCUUGCGUAAGAAAUCGACAGAUGAAGAGUCAUCCUCUUCAUUGAGCUCUGGAUCAGAUUCAAGUUCAGAUUCUGAGGAGGAAGACAACUCCUUCAAGCAUACCAUAAAAGCCAAAGUAUUUCCCAGGAAAGAUCCUAUCUCUUCUGAGGACAGAAUGAAGGGAAAGGGAACACUGGAAAAACACUUUCCUCAAGAGCAAGUCAAGGACAAAACCCUCCAAAAUUUCCCUUCCACAAAGACCCCGAUCAAACAAAAGCAAUUGUAUCAGGCAACAGCUGAUGACAAGUGGGCAAGAACAGAUUUGGCAAAACAUGGUGCAGAACAAAGACCUAAAGAGAGUCACUUAAAGAGCACAGACUUGGGAGUAAAAAUUGCAGAGAGUCAAAGGCCAAGAGAAGUUUCAUCUAAGCAACUGGAUGUCUCUCUCCCUGAAGCAUCUUCAAGUAUAUCAUCUAAAACUCAGCCAGUGCUUCAGCAAAGUGUUGCACAAAACCUGACAUUGAGACAGGAAGAGAAUGUGCCAAAGGAGUUAAAAAAGACUGAAGUGCAAGGAAGAACUGCUGCUGUUCAGAAAGAGGAUUUGAAUAGUGAAGUGCCAAUGGUAGAAGCUACAGUAAAGGAUGAGAGCACGCUGGAUACAGGAAUUCAGACUGAACAACAAAGCACUAUACUGGAGGCCAAGCCAUCAACUGAAACUGCUCAAGAAACAUUUGACAUUGCUACCUACAAGAACUUGCAGCAUCAUGAGUAUACACCAUACACCUUCGUGGAUUAUGAUGUUUUGCUCUCAAAAUUGAGGUUGCCUCAACCCUCAUCUGGGAAACUAUCUCCAAGGCACUGAAUCAUAUGUGGGGAAACUCAAAUAAACUAAUUCUGACAAUGAA